AUGUCAGAGGGUAUUAGGAGAAUUAGGAAUGAUGCUGACUACUUUAAAUUUAUUGAUAUGGGUUAUAGUGAUGAAAAUGGUCUAAGAAUGAAUGUGUAUAUAGACCACGAAAAUGAACGUGUACUUGAUUGGGCUGAUAUGGAAGUAGUAGAAGAUGAUGAAGAGCAUGAUUUUGAGCAAGACCCGGAUGAUGAAAAUGAUUCACAACUUUCUGAUGAUUUCCAUACGAACAUGAAGCAGAUGAUGAGAUUCCUUUUCUUGAGAAGACUAUUGGUGAUGAAUUUUUGCACCAAGUGUUAG